AUGAGCUCAGACUGCAAGAGUUAUUACAGCGCUGAAAAAGUGUUUGUGGAGGGCUUCACGUGUCCUAAACCGGACAGUGACUCCACGGCACUUUUCUGCUGCGGGUUUAACGACAUCAAGUAUUGUUGUGAUGAUCCCAACAGCUUUUUCCCUUACGAGUAUGGAUACAUGUGGUGGCUGAGUGUUGGAGCACUUGUUGGCCUCUCCAUAGCAGCAGUGGUUCUCCUCGCAUUCAUCAUCACUCUUUGUGUUCUGUGCUACUUGUUCAUCGCCACAAAACCCAGAGGCUUGGACAACGGGCUGCCCCUGAGAGCACCAGGCACUGUGUCAAGUCAACCAGAGGGACAAAACCAACCCACACCCCCCACUGGUCCUCAAGGGCUGAGGAAACACUUCCUGAGGGGCAAGCUGGACUGUGACAACCAGCCACCAGACCCUGACCGCCUUUUCCAGCGCUGCUUCAUGGCCACCGUCACAACCAUCAAUGUAGAGGGCCCGACAUAG